UAAAUAAAAAUCACCAUUUAAAUACUACAUUUUAGGCUUACUUGGGUUAUCUUUGUCUGAUAUUUACAUUUGUUUGAUGAUCUCAAAGUGGAAAACUAUCCAAAAAUAGAAUUUGAGAAGGAUGCCAAUACCUUUUUUUUUUUUUUCACCUGUGCCGAUCGGCUGACGAACCGGUGACCGAAUGUUCUUGUCAGCUCAAAAUCUGCAGCCAGUGGGAGAUACGAUCUGAGUGGAGCACGGUGAGAUCACCUCUGUUAAACGUGGUGAAAACAUUAAACGUUAAGGAAGCCCACCCGUUCUCUGUUUUCUCCUCCCCUAGUGGGCUAGGCCAGCGGAGGAGGAACGUGGUGUGCGUGAGCAACCAGGGUGAGGUCGACCCAGACGAGGAAUGCAACAUCCGCCAUAAACCAGAUGCACUCCAAAAUUGGGACAUGCGCAUGCAGUUGGUUCACCAGCCAAUGGAGCCGGCAGGUAAAACACGUUCAGAAUGCGGUCCGGGCAAUCGAACCAGAACGAGCGUACGCCUGAUGCACCACGUGACCGACCUUCCGUUGAACAGCUGCCAUGGUGAACGUCCACAGGAAGUGACCUCAUGUAAUUCCGGUCCGUGCCAAAACCGCCUAGAGUGGUUCGCUGGACCAUGGGGUCAGUGUUCUGCAGAGUGCGGAAAUGGCACUCAGACCCGGCGCGUGGCUUGCAUUCUUCAAAACAAAGGUCGCACGGAGGUGGUGGCCCCAGUGAAAUGUUCCGCUACACCUCAGCCGAUCACAGCUCAGCCCUGCACGCUGAAACUAUGUGGUGUCCGCUGGUAUGUCACGGCGUGGAGCACGUGUUCGCGCUCCUGCAACGGCAGCUUUCGUGCGCGUGAGGUGCGUUGUCUCACCGACAACGUGGCUCCGAGUGAGCAGUGUGACCCCGCCCGCUUUGACCCCAGAGAGUCGAGAAGAAUGCAACUCACAGCCAUGUGGAGCUGACAUAAGGCCAUGCUGCAGUGACCAGUAUCCCAACUGCAUGGUGGUGGUUCAAGCCCGCCUCUGCAUCUAUUCCUACUACACAAGCGUCUGCUGUGCCUCGUGUAGCCGAGCCCAGAGAACAUAUCCCAACUCCUUUUAAAAGAAGAAGAACAUACGCAGGUGAUGCGGCUUUGGGGAGUUGAAUAGCACAGAAGAUAUUUGAUAUUUGUCAUUUGUCAAAAAAUGCAGAAAUUGAUUACUAUUCAGUUGCUGGUUUGAUCUGUAGCAUAUCAGAAUUUGUUUUAAUGUGGAUCAUUGUUUUCCAAAAUAAAAGCAGUGUUUACAAAGGUCUUAUUUUGAUUCAACACAAGGAUAAUCAGUCUGCUUUCAUGGAGGACUACAGCAAUCUGAGAAUAUUUACCGAUGAGAGGCUGAUAUUUUAAGGAUUUGGACCAUUUUAAGUUAA